AUGGCAAACCUGAUGAUCCAGAGCCAGGAAUCCCACCUCCUGUCCCCCGACAUCUCCCCCGCCGGGUCGGACAGCGGCCACGUCGAGGACCUUAGGGGCCUUUCUUUCCCAUCGCUUGCGGGCAAGGCCCAGGUCGAGAAACACCACCACCAAACCUCGAAGGAAGAAGCAACGACAAAAGCUGCAGCCACACCUUCACUUGGCCAGAAACCACAACACCACACCUCGCUUAACCCCAGCACCUGCAGAAGCAAGAACAGCACAUCCGCAACCACCACAAACGCAAGCAAAAGCAAAGCCAAGAGCAAAAGCAAACCCGACCCGUCACAAACCACGCGGCAGCCAGCCCCGGGCCAGGGCAACCGCCUGUCAAAAAGCAACAACACCACCAUCGCCAACGCCAAGAUGACCAGCAGCAAGGCCGAGGCCAAGAAAACCCGCCGCAGCCCGACGCCCAUAAACGUGCAGAUCAUACGCGCUACUACUUCUCCCCCAUCUUCAUCCUCAUCCUCAUCCUCAUCAUCAACCUCAUCCCAACAACAACAACACCAGCAUGGCCCCCCCGCAUUCACAAUGACCCUCCUCCCGAUGACCAAGAUCCGCGAGCUGUGCCUGCACGCCUCGGCCCACGCGCGGCGGCACCUCGGCCUCGUGCUGGACGGGUCGCGCCUCGAGGCCCGCGACCGCGACGGGCACGUGUUCGGCGGCCACGAGGCCAUCGCCGAGGAGGUCCUGCGCGGGGAGACCAUCUUCCUCGUCGAGGGGGGCCUGGACGCGCGGGGGAGGGCCGAGGCCGAGGCCGAGGCUGCUGCUGCUGCGGCUAGGAGCAGGGCCAGGAGGAGCGCGAGCAGGUCGAGGGAGAGGGGGCGGCUGCUCUGCCUGAAGAGUCUGGAGCUCGAGGGGGAGGGGGAGGGGGAGGUCGGGGCCAGGGGCGCGCCGUACCGCACGCCUUCUGUCUCGUCUGGGGCGUCGUCGUCGUCGUCGUCGUCGCAGCAGGGCGCGGCGUCAGGGUCAAAGGCGGGCGGCAGCAAGAGGCCUGCCGGGCCUAGGGUGACGCCUUCGCAGAGGGCGCUGGCCAUUGCGCAGAUGGCGGCGGCGCAGGAGCCCGUCGUCCCCAGGAGGCGACCUGCAGCAGCAGCCAACAGGAGCCUGCCCUCGCCGGCGCUGGAGAAGGUGGGGGGGAAUUCUUCUUCUUCUGACAGUGAGCAGCAAGAAGAAGAGGGGCCUGGCGACGACACGCUGGUGGGCGACGACGCGGAUGGCCUAGAGGGGAGGACGCUGGUUGCCGCACCAGCCGAAGCGCGCAUCGCAACCCCGCCACCUUCGUCGCCCAAAAAACAACACGACGACCACCACCAAGAAGUCCCACCCAACCUCCAGGAUUCCCAGCUUGUCAUCCCAGACUCGCAGGACCCUUUCUCGGAGGACCUCUUCUCCCAGCAAUCAGCCGCGUCGCAACCACACCCCGCCGCCCCUCAGACCUCCUCCUCCAACCACCCCGAACCGCCUGACGACGCGUCCAGGGCUCACUCGCAGCAACACCCACGCGUCAGGGCUACUCCCACCGCCACUUCCACUGCUAUUACUGCCACCACCACGCCUGCCACCGCGCGCAGCCUUCCCACGUCCAAACCAGACCCGUACGACAUCAACAACGUCCUCUCAGACGACGACGGCGACGGCGACGGGCUCUCUGAUGAAAGCAACACCACCAACAAACACACCCUCAGGAUGGCGCGAUCAGUCCGAAAGCUAGGCAGCGCGACCGCCACCCGCAAGGCCGUCGCGCCGCCCCCAUCGCCACGCCGCCGCGCCCAAUCAAACCCACCACCACCAUCACCCUCGCGCGCCGACAGGGCAGGAGCCGCGACGUCGACACCGACCAACAAGGCAACACCCGUCAAGGCCGGCCCGUCAUCGCCAGCCGCGCCGCUGCCCUCCUCGCCCACCACCCGCGCCGCCGCGAAGCGCCGCGACAGGACGCCCCAGCUGCCCGGGCCCGGCCAGCCCGUGAUCCGCGUUCCGUCCGACUCGGAGGACGCCGACGACUUCAUCACGGACCAGGACCUCAUGGAAGGUGCGUUCCGCGACAUGUCCGCGUGCAACAGGUCGCCCUCCUCGCUGCCGUGGUCCCAGCCCCCUCUCCGCGCUGCGGCUGGGUCCCCCGGGAAGAGCCCCGUGAGGAAGCCAGCACCGCCGCCGUCGCCUGGCAGGCGGCGGGGCCCUAUCAAACCCUCAUCCGUUAUCACAAGCCCCUCGAAGAGAGAGGAGGCCACCAUCGUCCACGACUCGGAAAGCGAAUACGAGCAGGAGAACCCUCUCGUCAAGACGGAGGGGCGGGCCGGGGGUCCCGUGGCGGGCGGUCAUCUCAGAGGGAGCCUGGCCAAGAUGAUGCCGCCGCCACCGCUGCCGCGCAAGCAAUCCAGCCAGAGGAGCCCUGUCAAAUCCGCGCCAAUCAUCACAAGUCCCUCGAAGAGGGAGGAGGCCACCGUCAUUCACGAUGCGUCCAGUGCAGAGAGCGAAGAUGAGCGGGACGCCCGGCCUGUGAAGAAGGAGGAGGCUGGUGAAGGGCUGUCGCCGUUCCUCGGGAGAGGGCUGGCUGACAUCCCAGCCAUCGACGAGAAGCCCCCACGGGGGGAGAGCAACCAGCACGAGGUGAUUGAGCUGUCAUCGGGCAGCGAAUCGGACUAUGACCUCCUGGAGGACAUGCUGGAAGAGGAGCAGGAGGUGGGCCCCGAACCCGAGCUACCAGCCAUCGACGCCGAUGAGCUGCAUGUGCAGGGGGCACAGGCCCCGUCUCUCCGACAAUACUCAGCCCGAGUCGACCGGCCACUUCUGCCUGAAAGCAGCCCCAGGACAGACCCAGUCAAGAUCGAGCCAGACUGCGAAGAAGCACCGCCCUCGGCCCAGACGAGCAAGCGCAGGCGCGACGCCAGCCGAGAGCCCGACCCCAGGGAGGAAGAUCACCGCGAGACGAAAAGGGCCAAGAGGCAGGCCAAGAAGGCGAGACAGAAGGAGAACCGCGCGCACAGGGAGUCUGUGCUCCUCCAGCAGCAGGAGGAGGACGAGCUCGCCGCGCUCGAGGAGGUGCGCAAGGAGGUCGCGCUCGAGAGGGCCCACCGCCGCGCGCUGGAGCUCGAGCUGAUCGUGUCCUCGCCCGCCAGGCGCGAGCCGGGCCUCGACCCCGGGGAGGAGGAGGCUGACGCUGACGACGACGACGACGACGAUAGCGGCGUCGGGUCGAGCCCGCCCACCGACGACUCGGGCGCAGAUGACGCCGGCCCCGGGGUGCCGCUGGACAUGGACGAUAAGAACGACUCGCUGUCCGGCAAGGAGGCCGAGGCCAGCCCGGACCAGCAGCCGGGCGGACAGCCAACCUCGACGCCGGCCAUCAUCGAGGCGCAGCUGCAGCAGUGCGUCGUCGAGGAGCGGUUCCGCCGCAUGCUGUUUGACGACUGGGCGUUCCUCGAGAGCACGCUCGGGAAGGGGCCGGCUGGUGAUGGACACGGACACGGCCACGGCCACCACUCGGCGGCGCUCGAGGCGCACCAGCGCGUCCACUUUGACAUGAUGGACCGCGCGGCACGGCAUGCCCCCGUCCAGGUGUUCGCCAUGCAAGAAGAAGAGCCGAGCAAUGACCACAACGACCCGCAGAACGAAGGCCCCGAGCCUUGUGCUCCCGUCGACGUUGCUGUUGGCGGUGGUGGUGGCGAUGAUGACGAGCCCGCUCGGGAGAGGUCGCAGCGCUCAGAAGCCCCGUCGCCUAAGGAGCGGAGGGCGGAGGAGCAGCGGCGGCAAGAGCUGGAGCAGGUGCCAGAGCAAGAGGAAGAAGAGAAGCCAGAGGAGAGGCUCGAGCGGAAGAAGAAGAAGAAGCAGACUAACAACAGGCUGAAGCAGCAGAGGGCCAGGAAGGAGAAGCACGCGAGGCUGGCUAAUAAGAGCCGGAGCCGGUAUCACCACGACUUCCGCCCCUCACAUGCCGGCUUGCUGAAGGAGAAGAAGAAGGAGAGGCAGAGGCAGAGGCAGAGGCUGGAGCAGCAGCAGCAGCAGGCAUCGGAUGGUUCUUGAUGAGCAAGACCCGACAAGUCAACAACACGAGGGGGGCUGAUUGAUGCAUUUAUGAUUGUGGGAGCUUUGUACAGAACUUAUGUAACACUAUUCAUUCACGACAGGGGACAGGGGGGCGGUUCUGCGGUCUGCGCUUCGAUAUGGCGUUGGGUGCGCCUGUACAUUAGUCCGUCCAUAAUUUGCAGCAUGGAAAAUUGAAGCGCAAUUGUUGGC